UCGUCACACAGGAGAAGCUGAUGAUAGUGUAAGGAGGCUACUUUCUGGUUUAGGAUUACUCGUGAGCAAAACACUGCUCAGUUUGCCUGCUCCAGUCUUGGAUGGGGUACAACAAAACAGCUACACUGGACAAGGUCAAGGGGUGACUUGGAAGACAAGAUUCCAAUACAGUGUUUGACGGUACAUUCAAAGUAAUGGAACAGAUAUCUCCAGGUAAUUUUGUCUACAGGAGAUCUAAGGCCACCUGUCUUGGUAGCUGUCAAUAAUUUCAGUUGCCGCGUUUUUCAGAAGGAUAAGAAAAUCUUCAAAUUUUGAAAUCUGUAGGAGUUGUAAGGGCUCACUAAAUUUGUGGGAAAUACAUGACUCUGAAAUGAAAAAGUACUCUGUUCUCUUCAUGGGCCAUCAAAAGAAUGAGAUAUGCUCCAAAAUGAUAUGAAACUAUGCCCCAGAAGCCUAUUUUUCCCAGCAUGCUUGGUUCGAGUUGCAGUGGUCAUGUGCAGCCAGACAUGGGGGAGAGAUGUGGAGACCCUGUCUACCAGGAUGGGAAUGUGAUUUCUGGAUCACUGGAGGGACUGAUUGAACGACUUGUGCCGAGUGUUGAUUACUACCCUGAUAGGACAUAUAUCUUCACAUUUUUGCUAAGCUCCAGAGUAUUCAUGAAUCCUCAUGAGCUUCUUGCCAAGGUGGGACAGAUGUGCAUAAAACAGAAGCAGCAGCUGGAGAUGGGUACCGAUGCAGACAAGAGCAGACUGAAAGCAUUUGUUGCAAAGAUAAUUCAGCUUCUGAAGGAAUGGACAGAGAAUUUCCCCUGUGACUUUCAGGAUGAAAAGUCAAUGAAAGAGCUAAAAGAUAUUGCGCACAGGAUUACACAGUGUGAUGAGGAAAAUGCUACUGUUAAGAAGACAAUCAGCCAGAUGAUCCAGAACCUACUGCUGAACCUGUCUGCAAGGAGUCAGUAUCAGGAGAUCCGGGAUCGAAUCCGGCCAUCUCUACCAGACAAAGGCACUAUUAUGAAAAACAAAGCACAGUCAUCUCAGAAGGAUAUUCUGAGUGUUUGCAGUGACCCCUGCAUUGUUGCGCAACAACUAGCGCACAUCGAACUGGAAAGGCUCGCUAACAUUUAUCCAGAAGACCUGAUGAUGAUAUUCUGUCCAGUGGAGCCUCUGGAUAAACACAAGUGCCGUAGUGACAUCACAAAGACAUAUAACCUUGAGGCGUACGACAACUGGUUUAACCGAAUCAGCACACUUGUUGCAACUGAAAUUUGUCGAGUGGCAAAGAAGAAGCAGCGAACACGAGUCAUUGAAUUCUUUAUUGAUGUAGCAAGAGAAUGCUUCAAUAUUGGGAAUUUCAACUCUCUCAUGGGCAUAAUCUCUGGUAUGAACCUGAGUCCUGUUGCUCGCUUAAGGAAAACCUGGUCCAAGGUCAAGACAGCCAAGUUUGAUAUGUUAGAGCAUCACAUGGACCCAUCCAGCAAUUUCGGUAACUACAGAACAGCCCUUCAGGGGGCAGCCCAGCGGUCCCAGACAGCCAACAGCAGUCGGGAAAAGGUUGUCAUCCCUGUAUUUAAUCUUUUCAUCAAAGACAUUUUCUUCUUGCACAAACUACACAGCAGUCACCUACCAAAUGGGCACAUCAAUUUCAAGAAAUUCUGGGAAAUCACCAGGCAAAUUAAUGAUUUUAUGACAUGGAAGCAGGUGGAGUGUCCCUUUGAAAAGGACAAGAAGGUUUUGAACUACCUGCUUACGGCACCCAUUUACACAGAAGAAGCACUGUUCGUGGCUUCCUUUGAAAGUGAGGGUCCAGAGAAUCAUAUGGAAAGGGACAGCUGGAAAGCACUCAGGACGACUCUUCUGAACAGAGCCUAAGACAGUAGGCCUCUUAAAGCACAAGUGCAUAGAAGAUCCUGGAUGAAAAAUUCUGGGGUCAGAACUGAAUUGACUUGAACCUCACUGGUUGAGGCUUUGUUGUUUUGUAAAUAUUUUAAUAAAAUAAAAAGUGGUUUAUAUUUGGUGCUUGGAUUUUAUGGCACUUAUGAAAAAGAAGGAUAGUUUUAUUUCUUGUAAGGGGCAGGGCCCUUUUUUCAGAAGACAAACAUCGUGGGUGGUGCCUGCCAGCAGUAUCCAUGGUAACGGCCAUACCCGAACUCCUGGGUAGUAAACUGGAAGGUAUGCUGGGAAGUAAACUGGAAGGAAUGGCAGACGACUGAGGAACGCCUGCCUGUCUGAACAAAGGUGCAGCAACCAACAGUUUCUGUUACUUGGUUUGGAAACUACAAAUGAAGAAGGAUUUGUUUUCCUUUUCUAAUGGUUUGAUAUUUCUACCAUCUCUGUGGUUUGACCAAGUUUUGACUGUGCAAGUGGUUUCUCAAAUUCCUGGAUUUUCACUGUGUGUUUUGGACACUGUAGAAAUGAUUUUUAUUUAUAAGAACAGUAUCCCAUAAUUAAGCGAUGGUCUUCAUUAAGAGUAUUUUGCUAAUGUUUCGCAGGUGAGAAAAGUUACAAGUCUAGCCUUGGGGGGGGUCUGUCAUUUUGCUGGCACAGUAAAUGUGGCUAAUAAAGGAGUAAGUAUCUAAAAACAUCAGUCUAUAAAUCUGGCUAUUUUUUAUGGUUGCCACUUUCUUUAGCAGUUAUCACCAAGUGAAUAUAUAAGCUUGCUAAGUUUGCCACAGUACAAACUGUGAGUACCUGUAUUUUUUGUUUUGUUAUGUCCUUAUACCUAUGUUAUCACUUUUAUUUCAUGCAACAUAGGUGCCCUACCUCCCCCUUUGACUUUUCUGUUCCCUUCUGGCCACUCUGAUGCUGCGGGAGUACACGUCACUCAGCUGUUCCUUUAGGGAUGAUACCUCUUUGCUGGUGAAGUUUGACAUCUCUAAGUAUCAGGAUAGAGUUUAAAUGUAAGACUGGAGAAAGAUGAGUGUGAAACCUGUGCAUUGCUGCAUAUAAUCUUCUGUAUACUCAAACAUAUUCAACAGUUUAUGUAUGCGCAUAUCAUAAGCUGGAGCUGGUGUGUAAUAUCAGUGCAUAGUACUCCCUACACUGAACAGCCUACACUGCAUAGUACUCCCUACACUGCACAUUACUUCCAACUCCCUACACUGCAUAAUACUCACUGUACUGCACAGCUCUCCCUACACUGCACAAUACAUUCAACUCCCUACACUACAUAAUACUAACUACAUGGCACAAUACUUUGUACACUGCACAAUACUCCCAGCUCCUACACUGCAAAAUACUCCCAGCACUGCAACUGCUUAAUACUCCCUACAUUGCCCAAUAAUCCUUAAACUGCAAAAUACUCUCUCCACUGCUCAAUGCUCCCUACACUACAUAAUACUCCGACACUGCACAGUAAGCUAUACAUGAUGCAAUGCUACCUUCCCUGGAUCAUCUCCAUGAUAAUGGCACUACAGAUUAACCCAUCCAGAGGUAUGACAAUUAGCACCAGAUCACACUCCCCUUUGUUUAGUCCGUUUUCCAUUUCCUUUGGCCUACAUAGUAACUGUAGAAGAUAAAGCAGCCAUCAGUGUCCACAUGAUUAGCAAGACCAAAAUUCCAUCUCUGUUGCCAUAUAAGGACUGAUGGUGUAGACCUUCAGUUCCCUCACCCGUACCUAAAACUACAGGUUACUGAUGUCAUGGGACUAAUGCUGUCCUUGGGCAUGGCCUAUGUUGCUAUGAUUCAGUACUACAUUUACAUCUGCCUCACAAAACAUUAAAAAAAAAUCAGCUUGUAUGACAGGAAAGAAGUUAACCACUUUCAUUUUAUCUCAAGUCCCUUCUCUGCGCAGACAUCUUUCAUUCUUCCUCAUGCGUUUGAUUUAUUAUCUUUGUGACUUCAAUUGCAGAACUGCAUUUCAACACCUGUUGGGCAGUAUCAUCCAAUCGUAGAGAGCUGAAGAUGAAUCAGAAUUAAAUAUAAAAAAGAGAGAAUAAACACUGAAGUGAAUUAAAACAAAUACCCACACUGGCAUUUAAAACUGGUGCGGAGGGAGGCAGAAUAUAACCUGAUCGAGGCUGUUGUAUUUUGUACCACUGUGCCAGCAAAUUCCCCCCAUUUGGUAGAAUCUGUAUACUGUAUUUUUACAGUGGUUUGCACUUUUAAUGGUGUCUUGAAUUAAUAAACUUGUUGUCAUUUAAAAGUUUUCAUAGAACACUAUACUGUAUAUCAGUUGUUGUGAUAUAAGCUCACAGUGCAUUACAAUUCCAGCAAAAUAUUCAGCUAAACACCUGGGAGAACACAUUCAGAUGCUCACAUUUGUAACUGUUAAACAAAUCAAAAAUGCUCUUUAAUGUGAGUAGGCUUUGGCCAGCUGUCCAGGCAGGCCAUUUUGGUGUAUUAUUGCCCAGGCUGGGAUUGAAUCCCAGAUCUGUACUGGUUUGUUUUCUUUUCUCUGCCUUUGAAUACAUUUUCUCAGUCUUGUGUUUUGUUGUUCUGCAGUGGAUUGCUGUUUACAGGCUGUACCAUAAAGCAGGCUAUUCUUUGUUUGAAUGAAUGUGCUUGCGUUAAUAAAAAUACAAAACUUUCACAAUG